UUUGACCAAUAACGAGACACUCUGGUCGCCAUGGAGGAAUCGCAUGCCCAAUAACGAGACACUCUGGGCCGGCCCGAUAUAGCCCAGAAGGCGGAACAGGGUUGGGACGAGCGCUGGAAGGGUGCGGAGGUGGCCGACGGCGCGGAGGACGGGGGCGGUUAGGCGGCGGAGACGUACGACGAGAUUUCCCGUUCCGGCCGCUCGCCGGCGCUCCAGGACGCCAACCAAACGCCCUCCAGGCAGACCCCAGGGUUGCUCCCGGCCAGGCACGCAUCCAAACAGCCACUGCUUUCCGCAGCCCUUUUCCUGUUUCCUCCCCAAUCGCCCCCUUCUCCUACGGCCUCCUGGGACGAAUCUUCUAGAACCCUCCGCACUUCUGCGACCAUCCUCCUGCCUCGCUAGCCCGGGGCCUCUCCUCGCGCACGCGGCUGGAGGGCUCCGCUGACCAUCACCCGGCCUGACGCCCUGACCACUCGCCAUUUCUCGCGCAAAGGGUAAGGGGCACGCCGCUCGCCACGUGCGCCGCCGUCGAUGGGCCGGUUCGGCUGGCUCCGGCUCGCGUCCAGGCCCCUCACGCUCCGCUCCAGUGAGGUGUCUGAGCAGAGAAGCAUAUUGAUUCGGCUGUGUACCCCUUGCAGCUCCAGUGGCACUGCUGAUAGAUGCUAUGGUCGAUCCACGUUGACAUCAUCUGUACCGAGCAGGUUCUUUCAUUCAACAGGUCAACAUUGUUCGAUGCAGAAGGACUAUUACAAGAUUCUUGAUGUUCCUAAAGAUGCCUCGCAGGAUGACAUAAAGAAGGCUUUUCAUUCUCUUGCAAAAAAGUACCAUCCAGAUACAAAUAGAGGAAAUACUGCCGUGAAAAGGACAUUUCAGGAAAUAAGAGAUGCAUACGAGACUUUGCGGGAUCCUUCAAAGAGGCAGCAAUAUGACAUGCUACUUUCGAGAGGUUCAGAAGAAAAUUUCUCAAGGGGUAGGGGGGAAUUCUAUGGAUCAUCUCAAGAUCCAUUUUCAGGAUUCAACAAACAGAGCCAGGACCCUUUUGCAGAAUUCUACAGACAAAAUAAUGGUCCUUUCUCUAGUAAAUUUUACAAAAUAUUCUCUGAGGUUUUUCAGCAUGAUGUAGAUGUACAUGCCAAUGACAUUGAGGUAGAGGUGAAUUUGUCUUUCAGUGAAGCUGCUAAAGGAUGUACAAAGCAAGUUCCCUUCAGUGCAAAGAAUUUGUGUAACUCGUGUGAUGGGAGAGGAUACUUGCCCAAUGCAAGGAAAUAUGUUUGUCCUUCUUGUAAAGGUGAAGGAAGGGUUUCUAUGUACCCGUUCACAUCCAUUUGUACUUCUUGUAGAGGCUUUGGGAAAGUAAUUAAGGAUUACUGUCUGACAUGCAAAGGUUCAGGGGUGCUGGAUGGUAUGAAAUAUGUAAAUGUGACCAUUCCAGCAGGUGUUGAUUCCGGUGAUACAAUUCAUGUGCCAGAGGCUGGAAAUAGUGGUGGACAUGGAGCCUUACCUGGAAGUCUAUACAUUAAGCUUCGAGUAGCAAGUGAUCCUGUGUUUGUUCGAGAUGGUGCUGAUAUCCAUGUGGACAAAAAGAUAAGCUUCACACAGGCAAUGCUUGGUGGAAAAAUUGAAGUGCCUACUUUAGAUGGUAAAACACAAGUUAAGAUACCCAAAGGAGUUCAACCAGGGCAGGUCGUAGUUUUAAGGGGGAAAGGUUUGCCAAACCAGGCAGGAUAUACUGGAGAUCAGUAUGUCCGAUUCCGAAUACAUUUCCCCUUGGUGGUUAACGAACGUCAGCGUGCACUGCUAGAAGAAUUUGCAGUAGAGGAAGCCAUCAAAGAACAGAGUUCUUUUGCAGCAGGAAACUGGCUUUACGAGCAGCUAUCUACUGGUUGAUACUUACAGGUCGGAGUUAGUUGUUGAAACUAUGAAGAGUCAAAAUUUCAUGCUCGGGCUUGGCUUCGUCAUUCUGAUUUACCUGAUGCUGAGGCCGUGAGCUAAGGCUUUGAAGCUGCAUUUCGUUGGGAUGGUGCGGCUACAUGAAGCAGGAUAAAUUUUCUGGAGAAUGGCCUAACAGCACGCGAGUAUCUUGUCCGGGUUUUUUCGGACACGAGAAUUCACAAUUUUGGAGGCGUGGAGUUGAGGAUUUCUGGUUCCGAUAGAGUAGAUAAUUCAUACGAAAUGAGUUGAGUCCUUAACACACUCAAAUCAGAAAAGUUGUGCUAUUGACACUUCGAUAAAUUAUCUAGUUAUUGUUGGAGCGUUCCUUUUACCAGUAUGGUGGAUGCUUUACCUGAGAAUAGUUGCAUGGAGCCAAAAGUAUGUUAUCUGUGCACGCCGUCUUGGACACCUACAUUUUCUUUGCACAUCUUUGAUUAUUAGUUUUCUUAUUA